CUAGUCAAAUAUAGUAUAAGUAAGCACGAAAUGUCUUCAGAAUAUCUCAGUGGCUACCACAUACCCUUGGUAGCCUCUGUUGCGCCACAACCAGUCAUUGCGACGCCUACGUCCGAAGCGUCAAUAAACAAUGUGAAUCGCUUUUUGUCGCCUGGAAAGCCCAUUGAAACCAUAGAUGCCACUGUUAUUGCUGCUGUUACACAGCGUCCACAGAAGCGCAAGCUAUCCCAAGAGCCUUGCACUGAGGGCAGCAAGCUGAUUUUUUUUUCGGGACGCGAUGAAAGCUAUCCGGCGGAACUGAAUAAACUAAUAGAGCCAUUGUCCUGUCAGUUAUGUAAGACGCAGAUGACAUCAAUGAAGUGCGCCAAGGAUCACUACGGCUCCAAGGCACACGAUCGUCAUAUGAACGCCUGGCUUGCCAAGAACUACACCGAAAUGGGCCUGGAGACGCCGCCUAUCAAGCGACUUCUUAAGGAAGGUCCCAUCGGACCAAACGCGUUUCACUGUGAGCUCUGCGACUUGCCGCUAACUUCAGCAACACAUGCACGACAGCACUAUGCUGGUCGCAGGCAUCAGCUUGUGCAGCAAAAGCGCUCCAAGCCAUCUGGUGCCGGUUACUUCGAUGCGGAGAACAAAUGGGUGCGCACGGGCACCAAGGCAGAGCCAAAAGUGACAGACGAUGGUCGCUUUGGCAUUGGAGAACUAUUCAUUCAGGCUUCGAAGGAGCACCAGCUGAUUAAUACCAAAGAAACUAACAAUGGCCAGCCAUUGGAUGAGGGACUCCAUUGCAAAAUAUGCAAAAUCAGGGUAUCAUCCAAAUCACAAAUCCAAAUGCAUUUGGAUGGCGCCAAGCAUCAAAAGAAUCUACGGAAACAGCUGAUUGAUCCUGAUGCCACCACAACCAAAAACAAUCAAGCAGCGACGAUACCAGCAGGAGACUUAAUCGCUAGCAAAGCUCAACCAGAGGCAGACAAAAAGAUUGAUGAUCUUCCUAUGUACCGCACGCCGUCUGGCUCUUAUUAUUGUAAGCUUUGCAACAUGGCUAUGAAUCAUAUAACUAUCCUGCAACAACAUUUGCAGGGAAAAAAGCAUUUAAAGAACAUGCGACAACAGCAUGAAAAGACAACCAACUAAAUACGUAA